AUGACGUUCGAGCAAAAGGAGACCUUCGUAAAACCUACAGAAAACGGCGAUGUGCGAAGCGCAAAUAUUUACACGACGUACAAAGCACUGAGAUCGCUCAAAAUGGUAGCAUGGAUCCUGCCAGUAGCCUAUACUUACCUCUGGACCGGCGCCAUCGCAGCCAUGAUUCCGCCUUUCUACCCAGCCAUGGUUACAGCCCAUGGUAUGGACUCCUGGAAGAUCGGCUUCGUGUUUGCGGCGUUCAAGUGCGGCAUGUGUUUCGGAUCUCCUUUAUCCAGAAAGAUGAUAACUUGGCUUUCUCCAACAAAAUCUUACUUGCUCGGCCAAGCAGGGACACUGCUGUCUCUCCUAUGUUUAGGGUCACUUUACUGGAUUUCCAGUGACGACGUGCUACUUUGGUUAUCGCUGUUGACUUUGAUGGUUUUAGGCAUUUUUAUUUCGUUCCUAAUUGUGACCAUGUAUGCCGCCGCAACCAGUGUAUAUUCCAGUAACCCUGGCGUCUUAUAUGGAAUAUUAGAGGCCAUCUCAGGAAUUGGAAAUGGAGUCGGAUCAGCCGCAGGAGGAGCCUUAAUCGACCUCUGGGCUUUCCCGUUGCCGUUCUUUUUGGUUGGAAUUGUUCAAGCUCUGUCCUCUCCAUUCAUCAUAAUAUAUGGUGUGAAGUCAAAGGCGACGUCGGAAGAGUGCGUUCCCAAGUCGCAGAACGCAGAAAGCAUCAGGGGUGCCAAAUUCUGGUUCCUGCUCAUGGACAUAGAAUUCUUGGUGGGCAUCAUACAUUUUGCUUUUUACUGGAUAAUUUUGGCCUUCAACCAGGCUACCAUGGAACUUCAUCUUUCACAAUUUCAGUUAAGCAGCACUCACCUUGGUGAAAUCUACAUGAUGCAGUCUGCUGCUUACAUCAUGGGAGCUGUUCUUUCUGCGAUUUUCUGUAACAUUCAGAAGGAACGAACUUUUCUAGUGCUGGGCCACGUCAUGGCGGUUGUCGCAUACUUAAUACUUGGGCCAGUUCCGUUCAUCCCUAUGGCACCGAAUCUAUGGAUGGCAGGUUCAGCGCAAGUGUGCCUUGGAAUACCAACGGCCACUUACUUCAUCUGUUCCAUUUGCCACCUGCAGACUACUGCGUUAAGCCGUGGAGGUCCGGAAAAUAUUCAGGCAACUAGCUUUGUGGUCAGCGUGACCCAUGGAUUUGGAGUGUUUUGUGCUUGCAUUACUGCACCAAUAGCGGGGUACGUGAUGGACGUUUACGGAUACCGAACUGCAAGCAUGAUCUUAUUUGCGGUAUUUGUGGCCUGGACACCAGUCACAUUGGUUCUUUGGCUUCGACCAGGUUGGUUGAGAGGAAAAAAAACGUUCCGUCCCACCUUGGAAGAAAACAACAAGUUAUGA